CGGCAGGUCGGGAGUUUAUUAUCCCUUCGCUGGCCCACAGGUUCAUAGCAGAGAUGGUGGAUUUCUUCAUUCUGUUCUUCAUAAAGGCAACCAUUGUUUUAAGUAUUAUGCACCUCAGUGGGAUUAAAGACAUCUCUAAAUUCGCUAUGCAUUACAUAAUAGAAGAAAUAGAUGAAGAUACAUCCAUGGAAGAUUUGCAGAAAAUGAUGAUAGUAGCUCUCAUCUACAGGCUAUUAGUCUGCUUCUAUGAGAUAAUCUGUAUUUGGGGAGCAGGUGGAGCAACCCCAGGGAAAUUCUUGCUUGGGCUGCGAGUUGUGACGUGUGAUACAUCUGUACUCAUCGCACCCAGUCGUGUGUUAGUCAUUCCGUCUUCUAAUGUCAGUAUGACAACGUCUACAAUAAGAGCUUUGAUCAAGAAUUUUUCUAUUGCUUCAUUUUUUCCUGCGUUCAUUACACUGCUAUUUUUUCAGCACAACAGAACAGCCUAUGAUAUUGUAGCAGGAACUAUCGUGGUAAGAAGAAAUGGAAUCAGAUGAUAUCAAAAGAUGACAAAGACUCCCAGACUGCUUUUGAAUGCCAUUCCCAAAUGAACAAAGACCUACCCCAAAACCAAAAUUGAGAUGACAGUCCGAAUCUUUUGCCCAAAUUAAAGCAGAAUGAUUCAGAAGCUAAAGGAAAUGGGUUGUUCCAGUGUGGUGCCAGCAGCUACCUUCAGAGUAUUGGAGUUCUCACAAACGCCAAAGAAGUUUAAGGGAAACAAUAUGUAUUAACUGUAGAUUGAAAAGAAAGUAAGUGGCUCUGCUAAUAACUGCAGAAAGGUGCUGUUCUGUUUGUCAGCCUGCGGGGAAAGCAGAUACUGAGAAAUACUCCACCUCUAAGGAAAUGUUUUUCCUAUAGUUUUGGGUGUUGGCAGGUAACUAGAAAACGUUUUCCAAGCAGUUGCCUAAGUCGUGUUGCAGACUCUUUGAGGGGAAGGGAACUGCAGUAUUGGAGAGUAGGGCAAAUUCAAUGACUUACGUUGACAGAUGUGUAGAAAGCAAGCAGUGUUGAUCAGUUCCCUUAUUAUUGUUUCACAGAUCAUAUUUCCUCACCUCUUAAAAGUAUAUUAUCUGAAUAUUGAUGUGACAAGUUUUUUUGCAUGAUUAUCUUAAGUAUUGUUAUUUAAUGUGUCAAAGCUAAUAAUGAGGUGAAAGGGUAGCUGCUUUUUCUCUGGAAAGGGUAUGUUACGCUGCAGUGUUAGUGAAUUGCCGUGUAUAUAAUUUUGGAGCUGUGAACAACACACAUCAUUUGCUUCUCUCUGGAGUGAAAGCACUUGUCUAUUUCUUGCAUACAAUAUCAAGCAGAACAUCCGAAUGAGUUUCCAGGAGCAUGCAGAAACUAUUAACUGAAACACGUGUCAGAAGUACAACUACUACUUGUUUUCACUUUAUAUUCUGGCUAACUUUGUAUAUUCAGAAUAACUUCAAUACUGAAUAAAAAAGCCUGAUAUUUUGCAUGAUUACAGA